AAAUUGUCAAAUGUCUAUGUUAUCCAAAAUGCCCUCAUACAAGGCCCACGUCCAUACCUGGCAGCCCAUUAACACUCAUAGGUUGGACUUGUACUACCGCAUGCAUUAGCUAAGACCCGGCCCAUUCCUAAUCACACACAGAGCUCCACAUUUCUCAUCUUCAUCACUCUGCUCAACUCCACAGUUCACACAAAAAAAAAGCCGAAAAUAUGGGAAGCAGAUUGGGAAGACGAGUGGUCCACUUCGCGAACCUCCCAAUCAAGCUGUUGAUGCCAAGUAACUUCAACAACAUCACAGAAAUCGCUAUCAAAACCAUCCCUUCGGCCUCGAAGAUCGAAAUCAAGCGCGUCCUCGAGUCCCUCUACGGCUUCGAGGUCGACAAGGUCAGCACUCUCAACAUGGAAGGCAAGAAGAAGAAACGCGGCGGCCUGUUGGUCGCCAAACCGGACUACAAAAAGGCGUACAUCACUCUCAGAAGCCCUCUCUCCAUCUCCCCGGACCUCUACCCGAUUCGGAUCCUCGAGGACGAGAAGCAGCGCAUGAACAAGCAGACCAAGUCGAGCGUGGUCGAGGACGGCGAAGGGAAGCACCACUGGCUCGUCGAUGAUAAGCCUAGGGUUGCCGAGAAGAAAAACGAAAGAUUCGGCGUUCGCGAUCGAGAUCGAGAACGCCGUCGCGGCGGCGGAGGAGGCGGAGGCGGCGGCGGUGAAGUGGCGAAGUUUCCGUGGAGCAGUAUGAGGUCUCCUGUUACUUCUGCGAGGAGGUAGGGUUUUGAGAAAAAAAAUUGAUUGUGCUUAGAAAUGCUUAUGAUUUUGAUGGAUUUUUGAAUGUUUUAUGCUUUUGCUUAUGAUAGAUUAGAAUAAGAACUUCUUGUUAUUUUAAGAGGAAAGAAGAAUUAAAAGCAUUUUGAUGGAAUGAGAAUUGUUUGUGGCUUAUUUUGUUUA